UUUAUUCAUCUACACCACUCCAUUCUCUAUCACAGUCUGACGCAACACGCCAUACUGUGCGUCGUAAACCACCAAUAUCGGUCAUAUCUUCCGCCCCCGGCCCGCUGACAGAUACAAUUGACCCCCGCGAUCCGUUUCCUCGGCUUUCUACACAAGCUCCUCCCUUCUUCUCGUAUGGACACAGUUCGUCCCAUUCGCACCAAUGAACCUUGUAAUCUCCUGGACUUCUCUGCUACAGCGCCCUUACCUCGUCCACUUGUAAAUCCCCACGAGAAUUUUCAGCCACCGACUACCCAGUCCUCUGCCCUUGCUUCCACACCCUUCAAAUCCCGCCUACACCGUCUGUCAACCUGGUGGCCCCUUCAGACAGAUCAUGCAUCGCCAGCUAUGGUCGACGUUCCACUUGCGCAGGGUAAAGAGCGGAACGCUGCAGCAGAUGCUCCACAGAAAGACGAUCAAUGGAUACCUGAUGAAGAUCAUGUUUCUCCUCCUCCUUCGCCCAACCCAGAUUCGCGACAGCUGACCACACCAAGGCAGGUCAAGACCAAUACCGGAGAGCACGGAAGCAGCCGGUUGUGUUUCUGCUUUUAAAUUGACUUUUCGAACGCUUGUAUGUAUAGUGUAUUUUACGGAACGCAA